GGGCGAAAGUUCACCUUGGUAACUGAUCAUGAGCCCCUAUUGGCUCUGAAGAAAUCGAAAGAUUACUCUGGCAUGAUCGGGCGAUGGGCAACGGUGCUGCAGAGCAUGGACUUUGACAUCCGUCAUCGGAAGCACGAGAGACACGGGAAUGCGGACGGACUGACAUGGCUGCACCGGCUUGAGAAAGUUUCGAAGAAUGAGGAGUCGGGGCGCCGUCAGCUGAUUGUGCAAAAGCUCAUCGCACCAAUCGUGCAAUUGGCGGACGAUCUCUCGCCUGACAUCUAUUCACAGAGUGACGACAGUCCUGCUCCGUACAUUUUCGAGCGAUCAUUGAAUCCGUACCUUCAGUGGACUGCAUGCUUGGAGAAACCUAGGGACGAGGAUACGCUACCAUCGCGGCAGGAGUAUCUGAAGCCGUACGAUAUCAUCCCUCACGCCUUCUAUCCGAGGGCAGAGGAAGUGGUGAUCGACGACGACGACGAAGAGGACGAAGACGAGGAAACAUCGGAGGAGGGAAGCUAUAGUGAACAUAGCGAGGGCGAGCUGAGCGAAGGAGAAGAGGAGGAAGAGGAAACUGGAUCUGAGUGGGAAGCCUUGCCGGAGGAAGCGACGCGUACAGGAACGGAAGCAGACGAUCCGGAAGCGGCGCGAAAGCGCGAAGAAAUUGCCACCGGGAAGCGCCAGCUGGAGUUCGCCAGCCAAGCUAGCCUGCGCAUCGGUAACGAUCCAACCAGAGAUCCGGAGCCGCCGAAGCCCGAAGAUGGCGACCCUGCAACCGCCACCUCAAGUACCGCGCGACGAAGACGGAGCUGAUCCCCCUCCUCCUCCAGCCCCACCCGUCCCCCAGUUCGCCCACGUACCGAUGCGGGCGAUAGGCCUUCGUCCU